CCCCUGACACUCUCUGGCGCUGGCCUUCGCGGAGGCCCCGCCGCGCCAUGCCGGGCCUACUGAGUCCCGCGGCGGGGGUCGCUCCGGGCCAGGCCGUGCCGGGGCGGGGAGGCGCUGCCUGUAUGACCCCCCGCCGUCGGCGCGGGGAAAAGGCGACCAUUUGCAUCCAGGAGCAUGUGGCCAUCGACGUGUGCCCCGGCCCCAUCCAGCAGAUCUCUGGCUACUUCCCGCACUUCCCGCGGGACCUGCCCCAUGACGCCCCCGCGCGCCCAGCCACUGCCAGCGCCGGCCGCCGCCGCCCCUCUGGCGGCUCCCGCGACCACGACAAGGAUGCGGACCAUCUCUUCGGAGCCCAAGGAUCCAGCACAGGUCCCAGCCCUGCGCAGCCGCCCACCAAGCCGCCAGAGGACAAGCCGGACCCCGAAGGCUACGAGCGGACGAUUGCAGUACCUGCGUCGAGCUCUGCACAGGUGACUGGGACUGCAACCCCGGAGACCACUGUGUCAGCAAUGGGUGUGGCCAUGAGUGUGUUGCAAGCUAAGGACAGAUGAAGAGUUAUCUUAAGGAUCAUCUUUCUCUAAGAUCAUCAUCCCUUCCUGGAGUUCCUAUCUUCCAAGAUGUGACUGUCUAGAGUUCCUUGACUAGGAAGAUGGAUGAAAACAGCGAGCCUGUGGAUGGAGACUACGGGGGAUAUGGGAGGCAGGGAAGAGGGGUUGCUUCUUUUAAUAAAUCGUCAUUGUUAAAAGCA